UUUUUUUUUGUCCUCAAAAACCUGACCACAAAAUAUAAUGGAACUUAGCCCUGUACAAGCACAUUAUUUGAAAAAAGAAUUGAUCACACUUCAGUUACAACAAGAAUUAAAUUGUUUAAAGAAAACACCAAAACUAGAUGAACUGUUUUCUAAAGACGACAACUCACAAUUCCCUUUUUUACGUUAUCUCUUCCAAAACUUUGUUGUGGAUUUCCCUUUAUUGAAGAAAGAAGGCAAUAACGCUCAAUCCGAGUUUUGGAUUAAAUGUCAAACAUUCCUGGAUGAAUUUCGCAAAGUGAAAUUGGAUACUUAUACACCCAAGAACAAAGCUGCCUCUCAACGUCGAGUACUCAUGUACAAGAUGGAAAAAAUGUUUAUCAUUGCUCUAUGUGCUUCUAUCAAGACUACUCAAGAUGACCAAUAUAACAACAGCAACAAUGUAACCAUUCGUACUGAACAACAACCCUUUGACGAAAAAGAUGAUUUAUCCAAGGAAGCCGAAACAAAGCUCACUAUGUACGAAAAUGAACAGAACUAUUUACAAUGGAUCGGGGCAAACCAGGGACUGGAUAUCAACGUUAUUGGUGUACGCGACAUUGUAGAAAAACGGACAUUACGCGAAAAAGUUCAUGCGGAAUUCUUGGUACGUGUUACUUAUGAUCAAACUACUCAUGUUGUGGCCCAUCGACAUGGUGAUUUCCGAAAAUUACAUGAUGACCUUCAAGCUGCCUUCCCAACCAUUGAUAUCCCUCCUGUGCCUAGCAAAGCUCAUGAUGCCUCUUAUGAAUCCCAACAAACUAAGGAUGAUGAAAAGGAACAAGUACUGUAUCGUGAGAAGGAUCGCAUUUUACUUCGUGUGUUUUUACAUGAAAUCGCCAACCAUUCUCGUCUUGCCAAAAGUGAUAUUUUUGAAACUUUCUUGACUAGUAAUACCAUCGAAUUGACGGAAAAGGAAAAAUUGGAUGUGGAACAACGAUUGGCAAUGGAUCAACGACGUUUAGAUGAAGAAACUCGAUUCAGGGAACAAGUGGAUGCGCAAAUGGAUCAACUCAAUGACUUGUUGGGUAUGUUGAAGAAACAAAUCGUUCGUCCUGGUGGACUUUUGGAAAUCUUUGAUAUUAUCAAGAAAACGGACAAAAUUCAAGAUUUGCCUGAUUCUCUUCGAAAAGCAUUUGAAUGGGGUAGAAUCAAUUUUGCAUUUGUACUUCAUACGCAAUUCUUGACAUCAGAUCGUGCUGUAGAAAAUACUGCCAACCUGAAACGAACCCAUUCUUUGAUGCCUUAUCGUGCUAUUGCUCAAAUUCUCAAGGUAUCUAAUCCAUUUGUUAUGGUCAAAGGUAUACUGGAUUUGUUUUUGGCCCAACCAUUUGGUGGACGUAGUUUAUUCCAAAGAAUUAUCCUGGUCAAUAUGAAUGAUCAAGCCAAAGAGUUACAAAAGAAUAUCGAUGCUUUGGAAAAACAAAUCAAUGAUCCUAGCUUAUGUACAAAGAUUCGAAAUGCAACUGAAACUUUACUUCCAGAUGGUGAAAAACUUGGUGUGGAUACCCCUAUUGCAGAGACGAUUGCAUUAUUACAAAAUCAAGAUAUCUUACCUCAACUUACACCAGAACAGAUCAAAAAAGUGGCCUUAGUGAAUCAAAACAAAGAAAGCAAACAACUAGUCCAACAAUUAUAUCAUUUAUGGAAACUGUAUGGACGACAACGUGAACAUGAAGUGAUGAUGACUUUAAUGUUUCAAGGCGUGACUGGAGAACUGAUCAAGGACUUGUUUGCGAUCUUUUAUCAACCUCUUGCUCAAGUAUACAGGUCUGCUAAUAUUGGUGACUCGGUGAACGAUAUGGCAGCCUUUUUGGAUGAUUUGAUCAAACUUUUGGAUAGUUUAGAUGUGAGCAAUAUCAACAACACUGCUCAGCCAUUUGUAGAAUUGGUGCAACGACAUGAGCAAAAGUUUUACCGAUUUGUGCAUGAUGUCCAUGCUAAUGACACCACGCAUUUGUUUGAUGAUCUUUUACGGUAUGUGGAUCAAGUUUCUAGCUUUGCCAUACAUGGAUUAGGACAACAAGAAGAAAAAUUAGAUAUGGCAAGUUUGGUGGAAGCAUCUCCUUUAGUAACAGCAGAUCAAUAUACAACUCUUCAACAAGAAAUUGAUCAAGUACAUCAAUAUUAUCAACAACGAAAGGAAUUACAUUUAGCAAGACAAAAAGCUAAAUUGAUUCAAACGAUGGAAGGUGGUUAUGAUCGAACAACACAAGAUAUUUUGGAGUUCCUACCUAGUUCUGGUAGUGGUUUAGCACCCUUGAUUCAAGAUAUGGUUGAAUUGGAUAUGGAAGAGGAUUCGGAUGAUGAAGACUCGGUGGAUGAGAAUAACGUUGGUGAUACCCCUACCAGUGGAUUGGCCCAUGAACUUUUAUUGACUCCUCCGACAUUGAAGGUUUUGCCUCAACUAGUACCUUUCUUUGCUGACCAAGUGGCAUAUAUGAUGCGUAGUUUAUAGUUAUAGUUUUGUACUAUUUGUAUUAGUUAGUUACUACUGAAAAUAUGUGAAAAUAAAAAAAAAAAGUUCGUAUCUUUUACUCUUUUGUACUACUUGGAUGCACGGAUAGCUUCCGAG